UUAGAAACUUCAGAAUGGAACCCACCAUGCAGCAUUAUGCCAUAAGCUUGCCUCCCAUUCCCAGCCCUAGUGAUAAAGUGCCCCUCUGUGUGGAAUGAGCUAACAGUGGGCUACCAUGAAGUGUGCCCCAGUAGCUCAAGUGUUUCUCUGCAGCCAGAGAGCUAGCAGGAAGUGCAGCUUGGGUGCCUCUCCACUCGUCUCAUCAAUGCAGCUUUCAUUCUCCCUUGGUGGGGCAAGAUGGAAGCUGUACAAAAGGAUCACUGGUACUUUGUGGUACUCAUCUUUCUCCCUUUUCUUAAAGUUGCUGUCCAGCAGAAAGAGGCUGUUACAGUUCGACUGGAGGAAGGAAUGGUUCUCGAAUGUUUGUGCCCCUGGGACGGCAACCUCAGCAUGGUGUCCUGGACCAAAGUGCCAGAUAAGUAUCCAGUGGCUGUUUUCCAUCCAGAGUAUGGAGUGGCCUUCGCUCACCAUUACAGGGAGAGGAUAGAGUUCCUGAGGACCACGCCUAUGGAUGGAAGUAUUUCCAUGAGAAAUGUCACCCAUCAGGAUAUCGGGCUUUACCACUGCUCUGUUCAGACUUUCCCUCAAGGACCCUGGACCAGGAACAUUCAGGUGGAGGAUUUAGACGAGCCCCCCGAAGAUGAAAACAUCACAGAGCACCCAACCCCUGAGGUGACCGUGUCAGACAUAGAGCUGGUGGCAGAGCAGGACAACAAUGUGACCAUCAGCUGCAACCACGAGCACAACGGGACAGUCUACCAGGUCAUUUUGGAGAAGAUGCCGCACGGCCAGCCUUGGGGCAUCAUAGGUGUGUGCAAGAAGGUGGAGGGGGGCCUUGUGGGCGAGGACUACAGUGACAGGGGAAGGGUUAGCUGCGCCGACAGCCUGGAAGUCAGUCUGCACCUGACGGGCGUCGUGCUGGAUGACAGCGGGUUCUACCGCUGUACCUUCAGUACAGAUGCGGGGAUGCAGACCACCACUGUGCUGCUCACAGUGCCCACUCCAGGUGGAUUCAGCCUAUCCAUGUACAUGAUGUAUAUUUACAUCGGGGCUGGAAGUGCAGGGCUUGUUCUAUUCAUAGUCAUCCUCAUAUUAGCAUUAAGGCACAGGAAGAAGAACAGGAGAGAGGAAUACAGAGUCAAACUGCACCCAUCCCAGCGACAGCCAAACUUCUACGAGAACAUCCCCAUGUGCCCGAAGAUUACAAAGAAGUCCAGGCAGAUAAAAACUUGCCCAGUGUAUGCCAACCUACACACUGUGCGAUCGCACAAAACCAGAUUUUAGCCACAUGAUUAUGAGCAUAUGCCUAAAUAUGAUGAACCGCUAAAUGUGAAUGCAUAAAUUUUAUUAUUUUAUGAGUGUGCCCUAAGGUUUUUACACACAAAUCAUAAAUAUGAACAAAAACAAGCACUGUGUACAAUUUAUUUGAGUUUUUUAAUAAGAUGCAGGGAUCGCACUGACACUGAGUAAUAUUCAAACUGUAGUUUGAAAUGCAUUAACAAGCUGGUGCUCAUGUAAGUCUCAGGAAGCUGACAAGUUUGGUCGGGUCCAGCCUUUAAUUAAACGUGGUAUGUACUGCAUAAUUACUGAUGAGAAAAUAUUUGUUUUGGGCAAAACAAUAUCUGACAGUAACCAUCCAACAGAAAGAGCAGACAAAAAGCCUGCAUAAUCAUUCUUUUCACUUCCCUAACCCCUGAGUAAAACGAUUGACAAAAGCCUGUGUAAUUGCUCUCCUUUUACUUUCAUCCCUCCUGGUUUCCAUUCAAAGCUUGACAAUGGUGUCUAAUCAUCUAACGGAAAAAGAAAAGCAGUCACUCAGCACUGUACCAUCACUUGAGACUGUUGCUUUCCCCAAAGGGCUCUUCGUCUAGGAUGGCUGCGUUCUAGUUACAGCACACUCUUACUCUGAAAGCUAAACUCUAAUUAGCUAAUCCUGUGCUUCAGUUUACAGCUCCUUAUACUUUGUCUAUCUUCUGUUUAUUGAUGAAUGUUUGGAUUCUGUUUUUUUACUCUGUUUUAUAAAAUGUAAUAAAAAAAACAAAUAUUUUUUAUGAUUAUCUGUCACAAGGUUUACAAGCUGUAUUUAUUAUUUUUAUUUUUAUGAUUUUAAGCCUGCCUAUAUGCUCUUGUAAAUCAGUAUUGUAUGGUAGUACUAUUAAACUGUGUGUUGUUUAUGUGUAAUGCGAUUCAUUUAUCU